AUGUCUGCGACACAAUUAGCAUAUUCCCUCCGACUUUAUGAGGAAAACUGCAAGGAUUUGUGCACAACUGCUGUGGACUUGAUUCAAAGGGAUAAGAACAAGGAUUACUCCCAUAGCAAACCCAAGCCUAACCAACAAAGUUCCAAUAGACCAGGUAAUCAGAAGACCAAAACUCAGGUUAGUUCUUACACCCCUAAGAAAAACGAAGUUACGAAUCUGAGUAUUUCUGUCACUCCAGGACAGCCUAAUAAGACCGCUAGAACUCAAAGUUGUGUAUUCUGUGAUAGACCAGAACAUAAAGCCUACCAGUGUGACAUUUACAAGACCACACAAGAGCGCAUUUCAAGACUUACCGCACAAAAUCGUUGCGUGAAAUGCACUUCACCUAACCAUAAGACCACCGAUUGUCUGGUGAAGUUCCACAAAUGUCUGUCGUGUAAAACUGGACUACACCAUUCAGCAUUGUGCCCUGACUCCUCAACUGAGGUCUCUGCUGUGAACUAUUGUGGAGACAAUGACAGUGACAAAGACUUAAAGUCACAAACAAGUGGAAUUCUCCCUACCGCCUUAAUGAAAGUGGUGUGUCCGCCCUCAGGCAACACCAAGGAACUUAGAUCACUGUUUGAUUCUGGGGCGCAACGCACCUUCAUCACACAAGAGGCAGUGGAAGAGUGUAAACUUGUACGAGACAACCCUGUCCAGCUGAGCAUCAGUGGGUUCUGGGAUACCAAAGAGCCUAGAGAAUAUAGUACGGUCACUGUACCUGUCAGGGUAAACGAUGACAGCCUUGUAACUUUAAAGGCUAUUGUCGUACCUAAAUUACCUCAGAGCGCUAGGCCUCGUGGACUCUGUAAGAUAGUGUCUGAACUGAAGAGCCAGAAUGUCACCCUAGCUGAUCCUAACUUGUCAAGUAGUCAGAUUGACCAGGUGAAACUGCUUGUUGGCAUAGAUCACUACUUUGACUUUAUCCAUUCUCCACAAGCAAACGGAGUGAACCUGAUUGAGUCCUCCUUAGGAUAUCUGGUCGCUGGUAAACUGCCUAGUAAUGACACCCCUAUCAGUGCUCAUUCUGUAACUGUAAUGAGACUAGCAGUUGAUGAACCUUCCAAAGCUGCUCUAGAGAUACCACUUGAGAUGUCUGAUAGCAAAUUUGCUGAAGACCCCAUCCAACAGCUUUGGACCCUAGGAUCAGUCGGAAUCGUUGAUCAAGAUAUGUCACCUGAGGAUAAAUUUGUACUGGAAGAAUUCAAGAAUUCCAUCAAUAUGGUUGAAGGACGAUAUGAGGUAUCUCUCCCCUGGAAAGUCGAUAAGAAACAACUCCCUACCAACUUAGCACUCUCGAGGAAAAGACUGAACAGUACUAUUCACAAGCUGAAACAAACUAAUAAGUAUCUGGAAAUUUAUGACCAGAUCAUCAAAGAACAACUGUCUCUCGGCUUCAUUGAAACAGUGCCAGAAGAAGACCAAAACCGGACAAAUGUCCAUUAUUUACCCAUUUACCUGUGA